AUGAUCCAUGGGUUUUGCAUCCAAAACUGUUCUUUCAAGUAUGCCAACGCAAUACUCCGUACCUUGUCUUACCCCGCAUCACUCCCUUCGUCAAAGACCAAUCUUUUGCCUUCCCCAUCGCCACCGCCUCCACCAGAUCCUUGGAAGCUGCCAAUCUCGAUCUCUCUUCUAGGAGCCGAGAAACGCAUUGUCUUCUACUACACCAGCCUUAGCAUGGUCCACAAGACCUUCGAGAACUAUAGAACUAUUCGAUCGAUCCUAAAAGGGUUCAAAGUCUUCAUAGACGAGAGGGAUCUAUCAAUGGAUGCUGGGUUAUUGGAAGAACUAAAUGCGAUCUUAGGAAGUAAGGAGCUGAUGCUACCUAGAGUUUUUAUCAGUGGUAGGUACGUAGGCAGAGCAGAAGAGAUCCAACGACUUCACGAGACCGAAGAGCUGAAUAGGUUCGUCGAAGGUUUCCUGGCAUUGGAGACAGGUGUUUGCAACGAAUGUGGAGGGCAUCGCUUACUGCUGUGUGAUCAGUGCAACGGGAGAAAGCCAAGGGAGCGGAUGAAGGCCUGA